CAACUUGUUAUGAAAUGUGUGCGUCUUUCAUCUAUACCAUUUAUUAUUAGAAUUGUUGGUGUGGAUUGAUUGAGAGAGAUGUCUUACCUCUGUUUUAGUUCAAGUAUAAACCUUAACACUUGUUUGAAAUUUUCAUUAAAGAGAAAUAAUAUUUUCUCAGUGCCUAAAGAAGGUUGUCAACACAAGAACUGUGUUGAAAAGAGAAGAAGUGUUACUCGUUUUGUUUUAUUAGGUUCUCUUUCAAGAAAGAAGCCCCAAGUAGUUUCGUUGAAAAGAAUUAUUCAAGAUGCUAUAAGAGAAAAUAUGGAACGUGGAAAAUUGGAUCUUAAUACAGUCAAUACUCAACUAGCUGACCUAUUUCGUCACGAGUGGAGCAAAGUAAUAGUUCCCUAUAGUGUUGUCAAGAAUCAAUCGUGGGAACCUUACUUGCUUGCCUUGUUGUUCAUGUUUGUUUUGGGAACCAACAUCAAUUUUGUUCCUCCAGCAGUGGCAGAAAGCUCUCCGCAAAUUUUGCAAGCUCCAGCAGGUUCUGGACUUCCACAAGAAACUUCAACUUCAGUACGUAGACACUUUGCUCCUGGUGCAGUACAGAAAUGGCGAUACUCUGAAUUGAUUCACGCAGUAAAGGAAGACCAAGUUGAGAAGGUUACUUUUUCUCCGGAUGGUAAUCAACUUCUGGCAAUCGAUGUAGAUGGAAACCGACACAAACUGGAUGCUCUUCCAAAUGACAGUAACCUGUUAAAACUUCUUACAGAACAUAACGUUGAUAUUAGGGUACUUCCACAAAGACAAGAAGGCGGCCCCUUUGACUUUCUCAAGUCACUUAUAGUACCCGGUGUGUUAUUUGGAGGUUUGUUUCUUCUUUCACGAAGAUUCUCUCAGGGCAGUGGCGGAGGAAUGGGUCCGUUUGAACUUCAAAGAUCAGGAGCACGUGUUUCCAUGGUUCCCCAAACUGGAGUAACUUUUAACGAUGUUGCAGGUUGUGAUGGAGCAAAAGUGGAACUUGAAGAGGUUGUUUCAUUUCUGAAGGAUUCAGAUCGUUUUACGCAGCUAGGAGCAAAGAUUCCAAGAGGAGUUAUUCUUGAGGGACCACCAGGAACAGGAAAAACACUACUUGCAAGAGCUGUAGCUGGAGAAGCAGGAGUACCCUUUUUGUCUAUUGCAGGUUCAGAGUUUGUUGAGAUGUUUGUUGGUGUUGGCGCUAGUCGUGUUCGUGAUUUAUUUGCACAAGCCAAAAAGAAUGCUCCUUGUAUUAUUUUUAUUGAUGAAAUAGAUGCAGUAGGUAGGCAAAGAGGAGCCGGUAUUGCGGGCGGAAAUGAUGAAAGAGAACAAACUCUCAACCAAUUGCUUACAGAAAUGGACGGUUUCGAAGCAAACAAUGGUAUCAUUGUUAUUGCAGCAACUAAUCGUUCCGAUGUAUUAGACCGUGCAUUAUUACGUCCUGGAAGGUUUGAUCGACGUAUUAUUGUGGAUUUACCAGACUUUAAAGGCAGAGUGGACAUUUUGAAAGUCCAUAUGCGAGGAAAGCCUUUAGCACCGGAUGUUGACGUUGAAGUCGUCGCCCGAAGGACUCCUGGCUUUUCAGGAGCAUCCUUACAAAAUCUUCUCAAUGAAGCCGCAAUUUUAGCUGCAAGAAGAGACAAAUUACAAAUAGGAUAUGAAGAAAUUGACGAUGCUAUUGAUAGGAUUACUAUUGGUCCUGAGAAGAAGGAUCCUGUCAUUUCGGAACAACGAAAGCGUCUUAUUGCAUAUCAUGAAGGUGGUCAUGCACUUGUUGGGGCAUUAUGUCCUGAUUAUGAUCAAGUUCAAAAGAUUACUAUUAUUCCUCGUGGUGGUGCAGGCGGACUGACAUUCUUUGCUCCAAAUGAAGCUCAAGUUGAUACUGGUUUAUAUUCAAGACAUUAUUUAGAGUCUCAACUUGCUGUAGCUUUGGGUGGACGAGUUGCGGAAGAAAUUGUAUUUGGUGAAGAAGAAGUGACGACUGGUGCUGCUAAUGACCUCCAACAAGUGGCCAACAUUGCACGAAUGAUGGUCACACGGUUUGGAAUGUCACCAGAAGUUGGUCAGAUUUAUGUUGAUAGACCUGCUGGUAAUCCAUUUAUGGGACGUGAUAUGGCACUCAGUGGAAGUGGUCCACAAAUAAGUGGAGAGACAAAGACAAUAAUAGAUUCGGAAGUUUCCAAGUUGGUGAACAAAGCAUAUAGUAGAGCUAAAAAUUUGCUGCUAGCCAACAGAAAGGUUUUAGACCAGUUGGCUAGUCUUCUUAUGGAAAAAGAAACUGUCACAUCCGAAGAACUACAAAUGUUAAUAGCGGAUAAUGAGGUUCAGAUGAUGCCCUAUGAGUAUGACGAGGUGAUUGAUACUACUGCAGUUGCUGCAUAGCUUGUUGUAGAUGCUUAAAUAUAAGGGGUUUUAAUACUAUUCGUAUAAAAUAAAGAAUAGAAUGGGGAAUAGUUUUACAAGACGUUGUUAAAGGAUUUAGUACGAUGGGACGGAAUGACAAAUUGAUAAGUAGACCUGAAAUGUCCAUUAGAU